GCUUCGGUAAAACGAAGUAUAAGCGUGUGCCAAAUGCUGUCACCCCACAGGGUCACGCCUUGAUGACCGCACUGCUCCUCGUGGAACCCCCUGGCGAGCAAUAUAAAUACUGUGGGUGGCUUCGGAAAUUUCAGUUUUUGCAGUACCCAAAGGCUACAACGACCAUGCUUAAGUUUAUCCUGACAGCGCUCGUGGCGUAUUUGGUGGUAGCUGCGGCUGACCACCAUGAACAUGAACAUCAUGGAGAUGUUACUACACCGGCAUGUGGGGAGAACGAGGUUGCCAAAACGUGUGUUUCGAGUAGCUGUGCUGAAGCUACCUGCGACAAGCCACAAAUUGGCCCUCAGUGCACGCUUGACUGUCAAACUGGCUGCUACUGUGACCAUGGUUUCUUCCGCAAUGGUGAGCAUGGCUGCGUGACCAAGGAAGCGUGUCCUGAAGGAUCUGCCGCCCACACAUAUGUGGAGCCGCCGCACGCCCACGAAUGAUUUUUCCAGGAAGACUGAGUGUCCAGACUAAUAAAACUGCGCAAAUUA